AUGUGGAACUGGAGAAAAAUCUUUUCCAAAUUGGGUACACACGACCAGUGUGUUCAGUUUGCGGAGGAGAGGGGUCUCAUACCAGUUCAAAAAAUCUGCACUUACCACCGAAAGACAAUGAUUUUCACAAAAGAGUCAGGGCAAGUUGGGAAAUUUAGAUACAGGAAAAGCAUCGUCUCUCGUGCGGCAGGGACUUGGUUUGAAAAUGCACACCUGACUUUAAUCUUUCAAAUCAUGUACGCAUUUAGUGAGGGCCUAUCAUACCACCAAACUAGGAAGGAGCUAGCCGGUGAUGUCGGCCUGGUAGUUUCAGACAGAACUGUGGCUGACUGGUUUUGUUAUUGCCGGGAAACAAUAGUAAUAUAUGAAUUAGAAAAUCAAAGGGCCCAAGGGAAGACAGGGGGCGCUAAUUAA